CCCGGACGUAAUUUACAGAAACUCAGGCUGCCAGCUGAUUCGAGCUGUGUAGACGUGUACUAGUUAUCAUCCAUCGCUUGUAAUCUUUCUUUAAUUGUUAAGGCUUUGCAAUCUAGGCAUUUUACAUUUGAACAACGGAGUAGCUAGUGUGCCUUAUUCCUUAUAGAAACAUGACCUCAGUCGAAGAACUGAAGCUACGAGUGAGGGAGCUGGAGAAUGAGUUGAUCAAGUGUAAGCAAAAGCGAUGUACGGCGAUGUGUGCCGAGGAACCUGCUGACAACAACCAACCUCAUCACAGACCAAGGAUCGACCAAAUGAGUGCUGAAGUAGUAGAUUCAAACCCUUACAGUCGUCUGAUGGCUUUGAAGCGAAUGGGCAUUGUUGAAGAUUAUGAGAAAAUCCGGACGUUCACUGUAGCUGUGGUGGGUGUUGGAGGAGUUGGAAGCGUGACUGCAGAAAUGCUCACAAGAUGUGGCAUUGGUAAGCUCAUCCUGUUUGACUAUGACAAAGUGGAGCUGGCCAAUAUGAACAGGCUGUUCUUCCAGCCUCACCAGGCUGGCCUCAGCAAAGUAGAGGCAGCGGAACACACACUCAGGACUAUCAACCCAGAUGUGCAGUUUGAGACCCACAACGAUAACAUCACCACCAUGGACAAUUUUGCACAUUUCAUGGAUCGCAUAAGUCAUGGGGCGCUUCAAGAAGGAAAGGCUGUGGACCUGGUCCUGAGUUGUGUGGACAACUUUGAGGCCCGGAUGGCCAUCAACACAGCGUGUAACGAGCUGGGUCAGAUCUGGAUGGAGUCAGGUGUGAGUGAGAACGCUGUGUCUGGACAUAUCCAGCUCAUCAUCCCUGGGGAGACGGCCUGCUUCGCAUGUGCUCCUCCCCUGGUGGUGGCGGCCAACAUUGAUGAGAAGACCCUGAAGAGGGAGGGGGUGUGUGCUGCCAGCCUACCCACCACCAUGGGCGUGGUGGCAGGGAUCCUGGUCCAAAACGUCCUCAAGUACCUGUUGAAGUUUGGCACAGUCAGCCACUACCUGGGCUACAAUGCUAUGCAGGACUUCUUCCCAACUAUGGCCAUGAAGGCCAACCCCACUUGUGAUGACCGCCACUGCAGGAAACAGCAGGAGGACUAUAAGAAAAAAGAGGCAGAGCGGCCGAAAAAGGUUGCAGAGGAGGCGGUAGAGGCGGCGGUGGUUCACGAGGAGAACGACUGGGGUAUUGAACUUGUGUCGGAGCAGACAGACGAGGAACUCAAGGCCGCCUCAGGCCCAGUCCCUGACCUCCCAGAGGGCAUCACUGUGGCCUACACCAUCCCUGAGAAGGAGACAGGGGCAUCAGGAGGGGAGACGGUGGAGGAAACGGAACAGAGUCUAGAGGAGCUGAUGGCUCAGAUGAGGAAGAUGUAACUAGGACCAGACAAUCAUCGUUAUCAUCGUCAUGCAUCGCUUAUCUCAGCAACAUCGCAGUGAACCUACACAGCAAAUUGGCCAGUGUUACCUAGUGUUGAUAUUUCAGUGUAACAUUUCUGUUGAUUCAGGAGUUAAAUUAACUCAGUUUUAAAUUAACACUCAGUUGUGUAAAAUAACCCCAGUGUUGGUAUUAAUAACCAAAUGCUGGAUAUCCCCACUCUGGCUGGAUUCCAAUAGGAAUUACACAUAACUUUGCAAGCCAGCAUAAUGUGACUUGCAGGUCUGAUGUGGCCUGUAAACCAUGAGUUUCAGGCCACUGUAUUAGAGUAAAACUAGGCCCACAAAAUAAGGCCUUUUGAAAUACGUUUUGUAUUGGCCUAAAUUAAAUUUGCAUGAUAACAUAUUCGCUCAGGAUCUCACUUGGUGAAGGCCACAAGACUGAAAAUUAAUUAAUGCAACAAUCAUGUCUCUGUCACUAACAAAUAGUCAUGGGUGGUAACUCUACAGUUCACUCGGAAGGCAAGGCAUCCUGCGAAAUAUGCAAACAAGGCUUUACAGUAAGCAGUGUUUUAAUUUAACACUGAAAGGUGUGGACCCAUAUAGACACUGGAACAGUUACAUUUAACACUGUGUUGAUUUAACACUGGAUAAUUUGCUGUGUACCACCUUUAAUAACUAAGCAUUGACACCACACAAAGCUCCAUUGCAGGAGGUAUACUGUAUCUUACUGUCUCUCCAUGUUCUAAAAUAGAGUGAGUUCUUUCUUACCCACUAACGCUACUACAGUAUCAAUACUCCUUCAUGCAAGUGCUUCUGCUCCGUCACAAAGCAAAUGCAAUGCAUGGUUAAUGACUUUAAGUGCUGCUGUUGAGAAUUAUCUUCAUAUUCCCUAAGGGUAGGAAUUUACUAGUGUAAGCCCAUUCAGUAUGGAAGCAUAUAGCUGUCAAUUCAAUUUGAAUUUCAGCAUCAGCAACUGGCAGUUGAAAUAACCUAUCCUAAAAUCGUAUGUAAUUCUCUUAAAUUAUCUUUUUGAUGUAAUGGACCAGGUACAUACAGAUGUUAGCAGUAUAAUGAAUUAUGCUUGUGUGUCAGCUGUUGACUGAGAGGAACGAUUGUAACACUCGAAAUUGAAGAAGUGGAUAAAGGGCUGUAUUCAAUCCAUAUCGCGGAAGUUCAGCAUUACAGCGUGAUUUAAAUUUAAAGGCAAUAUUCCCGCAUUAGUGGAGACUGCAUUCACAGUAAAUGCUGCGUAUGUCGGCUCAAUCGGAAAUUACCUUAACAUUUCUAUCACACAAUCUGUAACGCUUCAGCGGUACAGAUUGAAUAAAGCCCUAAGCCUCUGACCAACUACUACUACUUUAUAGAAUUCUUAUUAAUGAAUUAAAUUGGAUUGUUAAUGCAUUUCCCACCUUCUUCUAAAACAUUUUGAAUGAUAGUGAAUGAGGCCCAACAUUUCUCUGCAUGACAAACCUGCCUUUACUGUAUCUGCGCCCUGUCCAGCUUUGGUCCAUACCGCGACGACAACAAGUGGGCUCUGCAUUCAUUGUUGUAGUGGCGCGAUGGACCAGUGCUACUCCAUGUCAUGCUCUCAGCUGUUUAAACUGAUAUACCUGUAACCAAAACGUUCUCUGCUGAAACUGUACUGACUGACUCUGUACACACCUUGUUUCAAUAAAGUAUUUAUUAGCCAGAAUACA